AUGCUAUACAUUGUUGGAUGCAUUGAGUUUAGAGAGAAGUCCAACUCACCAGAGAAUGCUGAUGCAGUCGAAAAAAGUGAAGCCGAAGCCCUUACGUCCGAGAGGGAGGUGCCCGAACCAUCAGUUGACUCCGAAACCGUUAAAGCUAUACGAGAUCCCGAAGGGCUUUCGCAGCCCGCAGAAGAGAGUCAGUCAGCAACUAGUACGCCCUCAGAUACUCAGGCUAAUUUCGCUCCCGUUUCGGAAACGGAUAGUUUGCUUCCGUCCAAGUUCUUUGCGAUGUGUGAAAAAGCAGCUAAGGAGCCUGCCAAGAUCCUCAGUGCGGAUGAAAUUGAAACUCUUCCUGAUCUUUUAGUGUAUAUCCAGCUUAAUUCCAAUCCCAGGGAAAUCAAGGAAGUUGUUGCAAGAUUCUUGACGAAUCCCACAUUGACUGACAAUGAUCGAGAGCUGAUAAGGAAGAAGGUCAUGGAGAAGAUAUCAAUAGAGAAGCAAAGAAAAGCCCAAAAUAAGAAACUUGCCACUCCUAAAGCUGCAAAGGUUUCACCGCAAGUCGAGGAGAAGUCGCAAGAUAUAAAUGAGGGCACUGCUAGUGAUAACAAACAGGAACCUGCAAAUCCUGAAGGAAUCGAUCUUGAAUCGCUAAAUCAACUUUCUUCAUUUGUUGGCGAAGGUGCUAAGGAUCUUUUCACGCAGGUGAGAAAAAGUCAAUGA